AUGGGCAAGGUGACCAAAGCCUCCUUGCGAGAUCAGCCAUGGGACGUCAUUCUGCAGGUGCUGCAGGAUGCCCAGGUGCCCUCAGUGGCGCUGCUGGGGGCUGCAGUAGAUGCUCUAGGGCGUCAAAGACGCUGGCAGACCGUUGUCGAGCUACUACACUGCAUGGAAGAGGCCACUUUGCAGGCAAACAUUGUCCUGCUGAACGCUGCACUCAACUCUGUAAAAGCAGGUGGUUGGCUUGUGGCCCUCUCGCUGAAGAUGAGUAUGGACCUGAGAGGCUCACAGCCCGACGUCAUCACGUGGAACACGCUUGCCAAUGGGUGCAUGAAAAGCAGCGGUUGGGAGGUGGCUACGCGAUGCCUGACUGCUUUGCAGAGGCCUAACCUGGAGCCCAGCGUUGCCAGCUUCGGAGCAGUCAGCGCUGGUGGUCCUUGGCGACGCUCUGUGGCGCUGAGUGAUGUCAUGCUGCACAGCGGCUUGCAUGCAAAUCGCAUUAGCAACAACGCCGUGCUGGGUGUUUGCGCAAGCUUUGGACAAUGGACCUUGUGCUUGGACCAGUUGGGCCACUUGAAGCACAUGACCCAGCCGGAUGUUUUGAGCUUCAGUGCGGUGAGUAGCGCUUCAGAGAAGGGUCAUCAAUGGCUGCCAGCACUUCGAGUUUUACAUCAAUCGAUCAUUGAGGCUAUCCCCCAAGAUGCUGCUUUGCGGAGCACGGUACUGAGCUCGUGUGAGAAGUGCCACAGGGUCCUCCACUCCAGCGCAGCUGGAGGAUGGCAUUGUCGCUGCUCCACACAAGCCGCCAGGAGCACUUUUACUUGGACCUCAUUAACUUCAACGCAGUGA